AUGCAGAUUGGAAGUCUAUUUCGUAUUCAGCGGAGAAAUAUAUCUCUUUUUGGUAAUCUUGGCGAAAGUAUUAGCCAUAUACUGCCCAAAGAUCAUGUCUACUUUAAGGUGAAACGACCUAUUGGAUUCCACGAUCGUCCCGUACAUAUUGCAGAUGCCCCCCAAGAUAGUAGGUUCACGAAGGAAAACCUCAACAUUCCAAAACGAAUGUGGGAUUUUUAUUUUGACGGUGUUACAAGAAAGACUCGUGUGAGAAAAAUUCAGAAAGAGAUGGCUUACGGAGGAAUGUACGAUUUCCAUGUCUAUAAUAAGACCAAGGGUCGUCUAUUUGCUGCUCCUCCCUCUUAUUUCAGACAAGAUAAAGCUCUUUUCUUCCCAAACUUUCCUGUAAAGACUAUAACUGGAGAUCAGACUGAAUUGAUUGAUUUGUUUCGCAGUUGCAAAGCUACAGUGUUACGAGUUUUCUCCACCCAAACGGGCGCUAAAAUGACGAAUGAUUAUUUUCAGAUUCCAGAGGCUCAGGAUAGUUAUCUUUCUAAUACCGGUGUGCAAAAUUUGCAUCAGACUUAUCCUAAUGCUCAAAUUGUUGAGAUGAUUCUCAGUGAGACCUGGCCAAAAUAUUUGAUGCACACACAUAUAUCCGCAGGUAAAUUGAAGAGUACAAUUCCGGAAAGUCAGUAUGAUAAGUUUCUCUUUGCGAUGAGAGAUGAUGUUCUAGAAAGAGAAGAUAGAGAAAAAUUGCUCAUGACAAACUUGUAUUCAGGUUAUGUCUAUGUGAUUGACAAUUCGUCCAAGAUACGAUGGAUUGGAUCUGGAUGGCCAGACCAGCAUGAAGUGGAAGGUUUGUGGAAAGCAGUUCGUGGUGUUUCGAAAGAGAUUAAUAUAAAUUCCGCUAAAAUGGCCAAGUAG